AUGGUCAGCUUGGCAGGAGGCAGGUAAGGGCUCGGCCGGAGCAGCAGCAGAGAGAGGGGGAGGCCUGAAUUGUGCUGGGAGCCUCUGAGCAUGCACAGAGUGAUUGAAGCUUCUGAGCAUGCGCAGAACUGCCCCUGGGGGUUGAAGCCACUGAGCAUGCACAGAGUGCACCUUAUCUAUUAAAGCCAUGUGGCAAGACGUGGUGUUCCUUGUGCAGGGCCUUUUUCUUCCACUUCCAGAGUGCGAAUAUGCACCAGAGCAUACGCAGGAUGCCUGUGAACAUGAUGAUGAUGAUGAUAAUAAUAAUAAUAAUAAUAAUAAUAAUUUUUUACUUAUACCUCGCCCUCCCCAGCCAAGACCGGGUUCAGGGCGGCUAACAACCCAUAAUAAAGACAAGUUGAUUAAAAUACAAUUUUAAAAAGAUUAAAGGACAACAUUAAAACAUUAAGGUGCAGGCUCUUCACAGGAGGAGAAAGGAAAAAGAAAGAGGGGGAGGGAAUCAAACUGAUUCUAAGCCAAAGGCCAGGCGGAACAACUCUGUCUUACAGGCAAGUAGAAGAAGAAGAGUUUGGAUUUGAUAUCCCGCUUUAUCACUACCCGAAGGAGUCUCAAAGCGGCUAACAUUCUCCUUUCCCUUCCUCCCCCACAACAAACACUCUGUGAGGUGAGUGGGGCUGAGGGACUUCAGAGAAGUGUGACUGGCCCAAGGUCACCUAGCAGCUGCAGGUGGAGGAGCGGAGACGCGAACCCGGUUCACCAGAUUAAGAGUCCACCGCUCUUAACCGCUACACCACACUGGUUUCCUUCUCCCUGCAGACAGUGUACUUUUUGAGCAUGUACAGAGUGUAUUUGUUGCCGGGAGAGGAGAGGUCUAAGCCUUUCUACUGAGACCUGAACGUCCUCAUCAAAACUUAUACAGUGGUACUUCUGGUUGCGAACGGGAUCUGUUCCAGAGCCCCGUUCGCAACAUGAGAAUAACGCAACCCGCAUAUGCACGGGUCGCGAUUCGCCGCUUCUGCGCAUGCGCGUGACGUCAUUUUGAGCGUCUGUGCAUGCGCGAGCGGCAAAACCUGGAAGUAACCCUUUCCGGUACUUCCAGGUCGCAACCUGAAAACAUUUAACCUGAAGCAAACGUAACAAGAAGUAUGACUGUACGCUUAUAAAAAUAUAAAACUCAACACACACAAAAGCAGAAAUGUCUGUCGUAAUGAAACCUCAACAAAGCAAGCAAAAAGUUCUCUUUUCUCUCUCCCCCAGAUCUCUCCUCCUCAUGCAGAGGAUUUCGGCUUUUGUGCUUUAUCGGCGUGGGAUCAGUUCCCUUUUCUCCAUGCCACUGUCUCCAGAGCCAGCAGCUGCCUGCCGGAGUUUCCCUCAGCUGGUGACGCCAUGGGGCUGCCAACAGAUCCGGACAAAAGCCCGCGGCAAUGAGUACCAACCCUCCAACCUCAAGAGGAAACACAAGCACGGCUGGAUCAAGCGCAUCCGCACUCGCAGCGGCAUCGAGGUGAUCCUCCGACGGAUGUUGAAAGGCAGGAAGUCUCUGACCCAUUAA